AUGAACUUGGUCUUUCUAUUCUUUCGUUUAGUGGUUAUAUUAUCGUUUUAUAUCAAUUGUAUAAGGGCGGCUAUAUACAGCAACAAUCUGAUUAUUCAAUCCCAAUAUAAUUCAAAUAAUUUUCAAUAUAAAGGUAUAGCUUUGGGAGGAUGGUUAGUAUUGGAACCUUAUAUCACACCUUCGUUAUUCUUAGCGUUUAAUUCAACUUCAAAUACUACGGCAGCUGAUAUACCUGUGGAUGAAUAUCAUUAUUGUCAAUAUCUUGGAGAAGAUGAAGCUUUAAUUAGAUUAACUCAACAUUGGGAUACAUUUUAUAAUGAAACUGAUUUCGAAUUGAUUAAACAAUAUGGAUUAAAUAUGGUAAGAAUCCCAAUUGGAUAUUGGGCAUUUCAAAAAUUAGAUGAUGAUCCUUAUGUUAUGGGAGCUCAAGAUUAUUUAGAUAAAGCUUUAGAAUGGGCAAAAAAUAAUGAUUUAAAAGUUUGGAUUGAUUUACAUGGUACACCAGGAUCUCAAAAUGGGUUUGAUAAUUCAGGCUUUAGAGAUAUUGGAUAUCCUGGUUGGUUUAAUAAAACAGAAUAUCUUAAUGUUACUUAUCAAGUUUUAAAUGAAAUUUAUGAUAAAUAUGGUACCGGUGAUUAUGCUCUUGAAUAUAAUGAUACUAUUCUUGGUAUUGAAGUUGUAAAUGAACCUUAUACUCCUUCAUUAAAUAUGACGAAAUUACUUCAAUUUUAUAAACAAACUUAUGUUGAUGCAAGAGAAAUUCAAACUUUAAAUAAUACCAUUGUAUUUCAAGAUGGAUUUCAACCAAUUGGUUAUUAUGAUUAUUUUAUGGAUAGUGGAUCAAUAUAUACCAACUCAAGUCAAUUUCAAAAUCAAACUAAAGCAAGUAAUCAAACUGGAAUUGAACUUUAUAAUAUUCUUAUUGAUCAUCAUCAUUAUGAAGUUUUUGGUUCAGUGGUUGAUUCAAAUAUAACUGUUCAUUUAGAAAAUAUUAAAAAUUAUGCUCAAUCCAUAGAUAAUGAAUUAACCAGUCAUCCUGCAGUAGUUGGUGAAUGGUCAGCAGCUUUAACAGAUUGUACACCAUGGUUAAAUGGGGUUGGAUUAGGUUCAAGAUAUGCGGGUCAACCUCCUUAUAAUAUGACUAAAAUUGGUAGUUGUGCUCAAAUUAAUAAUUAUGCAAAAUGGACUGAUCGUCAAAAAGUUAAUACGAGGAAAUUUAUAGAAAUGCAAAUCGAUCAAUAUAAUAGAUAUAGUAAUGGAUGGAUAUUUUGGUGUUUUAAAACAGAAACUACCAUAGAAUGGGAUUUUCAAAGAUUAGUUGAAUUUGAUCUUAUGCCCCAACCAUUGGAUAAUUUUACUUAUAUAGUCAAUGGAACUGAUACAGAUCCUUCCGCUAGUAUCGCAGUAUCCACGACUGGUAGUAUAUCAUUUAUAAUAACCAUCAUGGCAUUCAUUAUAGGAUUAUCUUUAAUUUUAUAG